GAUGCAGCUUCGCCGCAACUGCUCAAGCAAAUGCAGAGCAGAGUUUCUCAUGAUGCUAAUUCAACAGUUUGCGAGAUAUUUGAUAGUGACAGCGAUGACUCCGUUGUGGAAAUUCCCUGCAGCCAAAUAUACGUUAGCCGCAUUAAGAAUGACGAUGAUGAUUGUUUAUUGAAAGAGAUCAAGGAUGAACCAAGGUGCUCUACAGCAAGGAAUAGCUUAAGCACUAGCUAUGAGAGUGAUGGAUCAGUUGUGGAAAUUGCUGGCAGUCCAAUAUAUACCGGUGGCAGCAAUAAUGUUGAUAAAGAUGACUGUAUAUUGUUAGAUAUCAAGGAUGAACCCAAUUGCAUAUCAUUUGCAGCAAGGAAAGGUGAUGAAUCAGCUGUGGAAAUUCCCGACAGUCCAAUAUGCCCCGGUGGCAGCAAUAAUGAUAAUGCUCACUAUAGUCCACUUGGGAAGAUCAAAGGUGAGCCGAAAGAAGAUGAGAACAAUCCGUCGCCGUCUUAUGCAGAUUGCAAGAGUGAACUUAACGAGAAGAAACCAGGUCCAUCUCUACUAGAAGAAGCAGGCCUUAAAGCUGACUAUGCGAGCGAUGAGAAUGCCAUCUAUGUGAGCGAAGAGAUUUACGACAGAGAGAAGGACAAUUUCGAUGCGCUGGUCCAGGAGACGAUUUCCGCUGAAAAGCAACGUGUAAAACUGGAAAGCCAAGGCAAGGAUAACAGAGAGCUGCUCCAAGCUGAAAAGGAAGUGCUCAAGCUGAAUGAACGCCUCGAACUGAUGUCGCAAUAUAUGGAUAACCUGAGAACAGGAGAUCAAGAUCAUGCGGAUAAGUUAGAGAAAGAAACUCAGUUGGAAACUGAUGAGAAGCCCAGUUGGGCACAUCUCUAUGCGGGCGUCAAUCGAUAUCGCCAUAAGGCUGAGGGAUCGGUGGCCGAGUUUUAUCAACAUAAAUCCAACAUUAUAUCCGGCCUAAAGACACUUUUUCAACCGGAAGGACCGCCGCCCAGCGCAGCGGAGUUUGCAGGACAGCCGAAGGCGCUUACGGUGUCGUUACUGCAUCAUCAGGAGGUGGGACUCAGGUGGCUGAUGUGGCGCGAGAGUCAGAAAAUUAGUGGCGGUAUCUUGGCCGACGACAUGGGCUUGGGGAAAACGUUGAGCAUGAUUGCGUUAAUCCUGGCUAGCAAUGAGAAGAAGAAGCAGAAAAAAUCGUUUGAGCAACAGUUGCAACUCCACAAGAAGCAGCAGUCGCCAUUGAAGCGCAUACGUAUAUUUGAUGAUAGCGACAGCGAGGAUGAGCAUCCAGUUUUGCCUCCCAAGCGGGAAUAUCUGCCACCUGAGGCAGAUGACGAUGAGGAAGAAGAUUUCCUGUUAUCGAAUCCUGGGAGGAACAACAGCGCGUGCACCUUAGUCAUCAGUCCCAUGAGCGUGAUGUCUCAAUGGGCUGACGAGGCUGUCACCAAGGUCAAUCAGAAUGCUCUCAAGGUACAUAUCUAUCAUGGAGCCGAUCGUCGUCGUUGCAUUGAACUGUCGAAAUUCCGUCGCAUGGACAUGGUGAUCACUUCUUAUAGCACUGCCGUUUCCGAGUAUACUCGCUUUGGAAGCGCCUCCUGGCUGUUCAGCUUGGAGUGGGAUCGUCUGAUCCUGGAUGAGGCGCAUAUAAUACGUAACACAAAGACCGCCUGCUGUCAGGCCGUGUCCGCCAUUAAGGCCAAAUGCCAUUGGGCGCUAACCGGCACGCCCAUUCAGAAUCGCGCCUUGGAUUGCUUUGCACUGCUUAAAUUCCUAAAUGUUCCAAACUUUACGGAUCUGCAGCAGUGGCGUCGCCACCUCAACGAAGGCCUCGACGGUCACCGUCGCAUGAGUUACCUUAUCAAGCCUUUAAUGCUGCGUCGGACCAAGUUGCAACUGCAGGCAUCUGGUGAGAUGCCUCCAUUGCCGCCAUUGCAUGUAAAGCUCAUCGAUGUGAUCCUCUCCCCGCCAGAAAUAAGUGUCUAUAAAAUACUCUCCGCCAUAUCCGUAAAGAUCUUUGCUCAAUUUCUCCGGCAACGUGAACAGAACAACGAAGAUCUUUACUAUUAUGCUAAUCAUGGUAGGCCCAACUUUAUUGUCGAUGAAAUUGACAGUAAAUAUCACGAUAUGUAUGAAAACUUCCUGCGUUCCAUUGGCUACAAUCCGCGGGCGCGUGUCAAAGGCAUUGUUAUAUUGGUUCUUCUGCUGCGACUGCGACAAUUCUGCUGUCAUCCUGGUCUCAUGGUGAAGAUGCUGUCUGGUCAAAUGGAUGAGUCCGAAAGUGAUGAGGAAGACGGCGUGGAGAAUGAGAAGCCUGGAGAUCUGAAUUUCGAAAGGUUGGAGGAAGAUUUACUUCAAGACGACAAUAAAGGCGUCAAAACUGAUGAAGAUAAGAAGCCAGAGGAACCAAAUGACAAACAAGAUGAUACAAUAAAUAUGGAAACGGCCAUGAAGCUACUCCGUCCAAGUAAUCCGAUAUUUGAAUUUGAACGCGCGUCUGCCAAAUGUAAAUUGGUAUUUUUCACACUGAAACAGCUGCUCCAGGAGACAAACGAUAAAAUCAUUGUCGUCUCGCAGUGGACAAGUUUCUUAUUCGUGAUCAAGCAGCAUUUGGCUUCCAUUGGCCACGAGACACUUGAUUUCAAUGGCAAAAUGGAUGCCAUGCAACGCAAAGAAACGCUCAGUGAAUUUAAUAAAUUCUACAACAACAAGCGCAUCCUGUUGCUCUCGUUGACAGCUGGCGGCGUGGGACUCAAUCUGAAUGUGGCCAAUCAUUUGCUUAUGGUCGACUUACAUUGGAAUCCACAGCUCGAGCGUCAGGCUCAGGAUCGCAUUUAUCGUUAUGGUCAAAAGAAAACCUCAUAUAUUUAUCGGUUUAUGUGCAAGGACACGGUGGAGCAGCGAAUCAAGGCACUGCAGGAUUACAAAAUGGAAAUAUCCAAUGUGGUCCUAAGUCAUGAUAGUCAACUUCCUAAGUCCAGCAGCAAUGGGCUCAGCGUGAAGGAUAUGAAAAAACUUUUCGGCAUGUGCUAAGCUAAUCUAGACUUCCUGAAAAUGCUCACCAAAGAAUAUGAGAUAAUUUUUAAUAUUUAUCUUGACGUCGAUAACCUGACGAUAUUCGAAUAUACUCGUACUAUAUUCUGGUAAUAUCGAAUUUCGAAAAUCUAGAAUAGCUCUGUAAUAGAAUAUACCACACGUAUAAAUCGAAAAGAAGAAUAUCAAUUAAGUUUCCAUUUUUUUUUAAGUCUAAAGAUAAAACCUCGUUUAAAGCAUAACUAUCUAUAAAUAAAAGACUUCAGAUAUUUCUGUCAGGACAAUAUUCAAUAUGCGUUUGAUCUGCGUUUAAUCUGAAUAAGAUUAAAGAUAUGUUCUUAAUCAAUUUAUGUUU